AUGAAGAAUGAGUCAACAGAAACUUUGAAAGCAAUCUAUAGUCUAAAACAGAGUAAAGAAACACACAAAUGUGAGCUAGGCAUAGCAGACAGAGAACGCAAUUCCACAAUAGCCAUUUCUCAGGGUCUGAUGUCAGACCAGAAGAAGUUAAAAAAAUAUCCCUUUCUACAGCAACUGAUCUUUGUUAUAAACAAGAACCACACUCCAUCUUUACUUGGGACUGCAAAUUCUCUGCAGCUUUCUCCACCUGUUUUACAUGAUGCCACUGCUUUAACAGCUCCUUACUGGACACACUUGUGCUCUUUAGCUUCAGCUAUCCACACAUCCUCAAGUGAUUCCUCAUCCCUUGUAUCUCCAGUUGAUAUUACCCCUUCUCUCAGCAUGUCAGACAAUUUCCAACAUCCAUCUUUACUUGGAACUGCAAACUCACCACAGCUCUCUGUUCCUGUGGUGAGCGAUGCCACUUCUCUAGCAGGAAAUGUCGGCAACUUCUCCAGAGCCUCAACUCCAGCCUUCACUUCAACAUGGCUACUGCCAUCAACCUCUGGCAUCUCUUUCCAGCCACUCAUGGGUACUGCCUAUCUUUACCAACAUUCUAGCACACCCAUGCUGUCAGGAGUUACUGGCCAGAACAUCUGCACUUCAGCCUCCUCUUGUCCCAGUACUUUUGAAAGGGAGUACACAGGACACACUAAAAAGAAGUCAUCUGAACUUAGAGACUUCACCGUGACUCUCAACCAGGGCACAGCAGUCCCUUCAAUGGCUGUGACACCACGAUAUGUGGAUGCCAAUGCCAUAGUCCCUCUGUAUCCAUCACUGUCUGCCAGCCUGGUUCAGGGGACAUUAUCUCAGAUUCCACAUCAAGAGAGUAGCAUAUUACUUCCCUACCAACAAGGAAACCAGAUUUACUACUACAAUCAAAACACUAUGGGCCCUCUGUUGUUUGGAGAGCCUGGUCCCUGCCUGCAAUCAUAUGGCUCUGUGUCCUACACAGGGAGUGGGUUCUUUGCUCCUCAGCCUGAAAUAGUGAUGACACUCCAAGAGGUCCAGCCCACAGAUGUCCCACCACCAGUCUCCACUUCUGGAAUCUACUACUCUGUGUCUGCUCAACCUAACACAGAAACCAGUUUCCAAGAAACUUCCACAUUCCUAAAAUUACAAUUUCCAAGUAAGAAAUUUUGUCAGCCAGACAUUCCAGACAGCCCAAAGGCCUAAAGCAUAAAUACUGAAGUCAUGGAGAAAAACGUGUCACCUGAACUUGGAGACAUUUCAAUAAGAGAUCUAAUAUUAAACACUUCUAAUAUCUUGGCUGUGCCUCCAGCAAGCCAGACAUAAACAGAAAAUAAACAUUCAAACAAAAAUAAAGAAAAAUUUUCAAAGACAUUCAUUUUAACCAGAUAUUUCAAUUCAUUCACAGAUCUCAAACAAUCCAAUGUUUCUACUACAACUGACAUCAAAGGCACAGAAACCAUCGAUGAGAUUCUCCUGCAGGAAAACUCAAUGGCCACUAAGCAUUCCACUGGUCAAGUCCAAAGGAACAAGCAUGAAGCCUUGGAAAGUAUGGAUGGAACUCCUGAGGUCAAAGUCGAAUGCCAGCCCCCAGAGCUCCUGCUGGAGGAAGAGGUGACUGUGUGCACCAUCCCAUCCAGUGAGCAGGCUUCCGUGAACACAGACAAGCAUUCUGACAGCAAAUCUCCAAAAGCUGCAUCCAGCAAGGUCAGCAAAACUAAGAGCCAUGCACAGAAAGAGACCAAAAGGAUCAGGGAGAACCACCCCAAGAAAUGUGAUGAAACCAAGCAGCCAGGGAACAAAAUCAAAAAAGAAGAAAAGACAAGCAUUCCCAAGACCAAGCACAAGAGAAGUCACCCUGAGCUUAGCCAAGAGACCUUCAAAAGGCCUCGAACCAACCUAGGCGUGCAGAUGUGGGAGUCAGUGCAGGUUUUCCAUGCACUAGGGAAGAAAAGUGAGAAGAAAAAGGAGUUGCCUUCUCCCAAGGCCUUGAGAAAUGCCAGCAGCACACAAGAAACCAAGUCCACUCCAGCUGUGAAAUGCUGGCUGGAUAUUCCCCAUGAGGGCAAAGGCCCUAAAAUUACUCAAGUCAAGAAAAGGGAUAGGAGUGAAAGCCAGUGUCCAUCACCAACCCAGGAUGAGCUGCCUCCACCUGGGAAGGUCAAGCUGGUUCCUUUGCCUUUUCUAGCCCCAGAGAAGCCUCAAGCUCGACCUGUUUCUCGCAGGCCACAGUCUCUGGCCUCCCGGAGACCCACUGUACCUUACCAUGCUCUCCCUUGUUCUAACACAGCUCAGCCUACUCCAGUCAGCCGAUUUCAACCAGCUACAGCCAACACAUGCUUCAUAGGUUCCACCAAAACAUCACAACCAAUUGCAGCCAAAACAGUCAAACAGGGAUUGACCACCACUCCCCAGCCUAGUGUGUAUCAAUCUACCAUUGCUAGACCUAAACCCUAUGAAACAUCAUCUUCCACUUCUUGGCAGCAGAAGCCUGUGUCCACUUCUGGGACCAGGUUCCAGUCACCACCUAACCCUCAAAGCCAGUAUCUACUCCAAGACUUCAGCCGCCAACCAAUUCCAUGGAGGAAACCUGAUAUUCCUGGGCCAGUAGUAUCAAAUCCCAUCACCAAGGAGCAGAGGCCAGAGCGUGAAGCCAUGAAAAGGCGGGCCCAGAAAGAGCGUGAAAUUGCUGCCCAAUACACUGCUUUGGGGAAACUGCAGUUUUUUGCUCAGAGGCAAAGAGAUAUGGAAGUUUCUCAAUAUUACGGCUAUGUAAUGUAA